UAUCGUGAAUUAAAUUCUCGUCGUUUAGUUAAAGAUAAUUGUGAAACUUUCUUUAGUAAUUUGUUUGACUCACCUCAACACUCACUCCCCUCUUCCACCAUGGCUGAUAAUGAAAGCAUACAUGAUGAAAAUGAAAACCAACAAGCACGAACCAUGCGUGAUUACUUGCAACCUCCUCGAAAUUCUGCUCCUUCAUGUUUCAUUUUCCCUCUUAAUGCUAAUAAUUUUCGAUUCAAGCCGGAUAUGAUUCCAUUACUUCCUAAUUUUCAUGGCUUAGAAUCCAAAAGUCCAUAUUUGCAUCUUAAAGAAUUUGAGGAAGUAUGUGCCACAUUUAACGAUCAAACUUGUCCCAAUGAAAUUAUUAAGUUGAAAUUGUUUCCUUUUUCUCUAAAAGAUAAAGCAAAAACUUGGCUUAACUCUUUAAAACCUAGGUCGAUUGGCACAUGGAAAGAAAUGCAAAAAAGAUUUAAAGAUUUGUUAAAUACAUGCCCACAUCAUGGUUUUGAAAAAUGGCGUACUAUAAGUUUCUUUUAUGAGGGCCUAACUCCUGAAACAAAACAAUUUGUAGGAACGAUGUGCAAUGGUGAAUUUUUAGAUAAAGAUCCAGAUGAAGCUUUAAAAUUUCUAGAUCAUCUAGCUGAAAAUUCUCAAUCUUGGCAAACAGUAAAACCAAUCGAAAACUCAAUUAGAUCUAGUCUUCCUAGUUCUAGUGGAGGAAAAUAUCAAUUGAGUCAAGAUGAUGAUCUAAAUGCUAGGAUUGCUAGUUUGUCUAGAAAGGUUGAAGCGAUGGAAUUAAGGAAAGUAAAGGAAGUUCAACCCGUGCAAAAUGAUGAAAUUUGUAGCAUUUGUGAAACUUUUGGUCAUCUUACACAUAAUUGUUCUAACAUUCCAGUUUUCAAAGAAGUUUUACAUGAUCAAGGCAAUGCUAUGAACACUUUCAAAAAGCCUUUUUCUUCACCAUACUCAGAAACAUAUAAUCAACAAUGGAGAAAUCAUCCCAACUUUAGUUGGAGAGAUGAUAAUCGUGUUCAUUUAUCACAACCUCAAGGGCUUUCAAAAUUUCCUUCUUUUCCAUCACCACAACCAAAGACUCUUGAGGAAACAUUGCAAUCUUUUAUGCAAGGACAAGCAAAUAUUAAUAAUCAAACUUCACAAGCCAUCAAUGAAAUUAAGAACACACUUUCUUCAUUGACCUCUUCUUUGCAUUCUCAAGAGAAAGGAAAAUUUCCUGCUCAACCUCAACCAAACCCUUCUCAGCAAUAUAAUGUAAAUGCUUCUAGUUCUUCUGAAAGUCAACAACAAAAUGCCAACUCCAUCACGACUCUUCGUAGUGGAAAAAUUAUUGACAAAACCAUCCCUUCAAAAGAACUAAAAUCUGGUGGUACUUCAAAGCAAGAAAAUGACGUUUUCAAAAGUGAGGAAAAGAUCAUUUCUGAACCUAUUGUACCUUCAUAUGCAAAAUUUUUAAAAGACUUGUGCACUGUCAAGAGGAAACUUAAUGUUCAACAAAAAGUAUUUUUAACAGAGAAUGUGAGCUCGAUCGUUCAACAAAACACUCCACCUAAAUUCAAAGAUCCUAGUUGUCCAACAGUUUCUUGUGUGAUUGGGAAUAAUAGGAUAGAGCGUGCUUUGCUUGAUCUUGGUGCUAGUGUUAACUUAUUACCUUUUUCUGUGUAUGAGCAACUUGGUUUGGGAGAGCUUAAGCCAACAACAACAACACUUCAACUUGCUGAUCGUUCAGUAAAAGUUCCAAGAGGGGUUGUAGAGGAUGUUCUAGUUCAAAUUGAUAAAUUCUAUUAUCCUGUUGAUUUUAUAGUUUUGGACACACAUCCUAUUUUAAAUUCAAAUGUGCAAAUACCUGUCAUUCUAGGACGUCCCUUUCUUGCUACUUCAAAUGCGUUGAUAAAUUGUAGAAAUGGUAUCUUGAAACUCUCUUUUGGAAAUAUGACCGUGGAAAUGAAUAUUUUUAACAUUUGCAAGCAACAUGGAGAUGAAGAUGAUUUGCAUGAAGUAGAUCUUAUUGAACAACUUGUUGAUGAUCAAUUUAUCGCUACAUCUUCAUAUGAUGCGCUUGAAUUUGAAUUCAAUGAUAAUUCUAAAAAUUCGCAUAUGAUUUCAAGUGUUCAAGAACCAAAGCUCGAUUUGAAACCAUUUUUUGAGAAUUUCUCUAAAUUGGAAGAGUCCGUUGCUAUACAUGAUUCUAAAGAUUGA